AUGGUUGAUGAAAGGUGGGUGUUUGCUAUCAAAAGACAUCCUGAUGGCUCUAUUUUAAAGUAUAAAGUCAAGCUUGUUGCCAAAGGCUUCCACCAGGUUGAAGGGGUUGAUUUUGAUCAGUUACCACAUUGGCUAGGAGUUAAAAGGAUACUUAGAUACCUUGCUGGCACUAUUGAUCAUCGGAUUGUUUUCCGACCAUGUACUGACUUAAGGAUCUUUGCCUUUGCAGACUCAGACUGGGGCAGUGAUGUUGAUGAUCGAUGCUCUACCUCUGGUUCGUGUGUCUUUCUAGGAUCUAACAUUGUAGCUUGGUCUAGUAGGAAGCAGCGGUCUGUGAGUCGAUCUAGUGUUGAGGCAGAAUUUUGGAGCAUUGCAGCUGUAGAAACUGAUAUUAGAUGGCUUCAAAAUCUUCUAUCUUAA